CCGUUCUGGUUUUUGUUGUCAUUCGACAGUGAGGUCCUCUCGCCCUAGACACAUGACAAAUGAAAGAAGAAAAACAGACACAGAGAGGUGGAAGAUUGGCUUGGGCGUGUAACAUAGGGAAGAAAAACGAGUGCAAGGUGGAAUUUUGUCGAAAGGGUUUUCAGAUUAGGAUAUGUCUUCAAAUUGCCUUCAAAAUUAUUUGGCAUUCGUCGUCCCCAACUCAAAUCCCCAACCUUUCCUUUUUCCUUGCCAUUGCAAUACCAAUUUUGUACGCCCAGAGCAAGUCUCUCGUCUCCGCUGCCGCAAGUUGAGUUUUGGGCCACUUGUUCCGCUUGCUGCUGCUGCUAGGUCUAACGGAACAGCAGAAGACGUGGAAGAAUGUGAAGCCAGGGAGGCUGUCAGCUGUUAUCUUCAAGAACUUGGCGUUUCUAACGAGGAAUCCAUGGAAAUAGCACUCAACUCACCUAAGUACGUCAGCAUGUUGAUAGAUAGCGUCCGUGACCUGGAUGACUUUUCCUUAUGGAAUUCGUGGAGCACUACUGAUGAUGAAAAACCACCUUUCAAGAGGAAGGUCUACCUGAUGGCAAAGCAAAAAGGUGAUAAGGGCAUGCUUCCCUUCUUGGAGAGCAUUGGCCUCACUCUCUCUUCUGCAACCCACUUAGCUCGCUAUUUUUCCUCUAAGACACUACCUACCCUCAUCGAUAAGGUUAAGUAUCUGAAGAAGAUAUUCUUCGCAGACAGUGAUGAUGGAGGACUUAUUGCUAGAAAUGCCCGGCAAAUGAUGAUGCACUUGUCCAUCAGUAUUGAUGAGGAUAUCCAGCAGACCUUGUCAUUUUUUGAGAAGAUUCAAGCAAGGCGUGGAGGUCUACAUUUGUUAGGUUCUGAAGAUGCAUCUUUCCGAUAUCUUAUUGAAUCAUUUCCACGACUUCUGUUACUACCUAAGGAGAGUCAUAUAAAGCGUCUGAUGGAAUUUCUUGAUGAUAUUGGAGUGGCAGAAGGAUGUAAGAGACAAAUUCUCCUUUUGUUUCCGCCUAUUAUUUUCUAUGACAUUGAAAAGGAUGUUAGACCAAGAUUGCAGGCGAUCCUUAAGGAUGGUAUGACGGGCAAAGAUUUUGGGCAGAUGUUGUUGAAAUAUCCAUGGAUUCUUUCGAGGAGCAUUCUGCAAAACUACGAGAACAUCCUGAUUUUCUUUGAUGAUGAAAAGGUACCAAAAAUUAGUGUAGCUCAGGCAAUCAAAAGCUGCCCACUCCUUUUGGGGUUGUCAGUUAACAAGCUGAAAUUGGUGGUGGAACAGUUUCGUAACUUUGGCAUUCGAAACCAGAAGUUGGGUAAGGUGAUUGCUACAAGUCCUCAGCUGCUACUGCAGAAGCCUCAGGAAUUCCAUCAGGUAGUGUGCUUCUUAAGGGAUCUAGGUCUGGAUGAUGAUAUCAUUGGUAGGAUACUUGGUCGCUGUCCUGAAAUUUUUGCAUCGAGCAUCGGGAAAACUCUUAAGAGAAAACUGGAUUUCCUAAUGGGUAUUGGAGUUUCCAGAAGUCAUCUUCCCAGGAUUAUCAGGAAAUAUCCUGAGUUUUUUGUAUGUGACAUCCACAGAGCUUUACGUCCAAGAAUGACUUACUUGAUGCAUGUCGGGCUUUCAAAGAGGGAAGUAGCACUAAUGAUCUGCAGGUUCUCACCAUUGCUCGGCUACAGCAUAGACGAAGUUCUCAAGCCUAAGGUAGAAUUUCUGAUGAACUCAAUGGAAAAACCAAUAAGUAAUGUGGUUGAAUACCCGAGAUACUUCAGCUACUCGUUAGAGAACAAAAUAAAACCUAGAUUUUGGGUGCUCAAGGAUAGAAACAUGGAAUGCAGCUUGAAAAGUAUGUUGGGUAAAAAUGAUGAAGAAUUUUCUGCGGAGUUUGGAGAGAGGAAGAUGCUUGUUCCCCCGCUUUAAUUCCGAUUGGUACUUUUCUCGCUAGUGUUGUUUCAAGAUUUAAAUGCAUGCACAAACGGAUAGAUGGCCGGCGGUGCAUGUGCAAAGGUUUUUGUGAAUAAUAUCAGAUCAAAUCAUUUGUGGAGUUUCAAUCUCACUAGACCUUCAGCCGUUAUUUUGGGUUCCUGUUGUAUAAGAAAUCCUUUUUGGGAAUUUUGUCCCCUAUGGUUUUAGGAAAACCAGGUCAUUUAGAUUACAUAGAUAGUCAUGAUGGAUUGAUAGUUGGUAUUGUCUUUAUUCUGUCUAUCUUAUUAAAUUAUUCACAAGUUAUGACAAAUUGAUAUGACUUGAUA